AUUCUUAAGUUAUUCUGUCUUAGCCUGUUUUGCAGAUCAUCGCACCUGGCGGAUAAUUCCACCUCGUGUUGCAGUGAUAAAGACAGUGAUCAUCCCCCGGCUAUCUGGAGAAGGUGCUCGUAUUAAAGCUGUGAUGGAUGGACCAGUGGUGUCCAACAUUGAUAAGAUUGGAGCUGAUCAUGUCCAGAGUCUGUUACUGAAACACUGUGCAAGUGUGGUUGCUAAAACUAGACCGCUCCCAGAUGUCGUGGAUCAAUACAAGGCAGAUUAUGGUUAUCUUGGCACCAUGCUCUGUUCACAUGUGGUGAAGGCCCGUGCACAGGCUGCUUUUCAGGCCCAAACUGUUAACAGAACCACACUCACUAUCACACAGCCACGCCCAACUCUGUCAAUGUCUCAGAGUGGAUUGUCAGCGUCAAGUGUUUCACGCACACCCAGCAUUAUUAAAGUACCCAGUUCACUUACCCUCAUGUCCACUCUCCCUGGAACACCCACCCAGCCUUCACCCCCAGCAACCAAAUAUAUAGUCAUGGCAACAAGUGCAGGAGCUGCAUCCACUCAGCAGGUAAUCACUCUCAGCUCCUCCCAGUCUGGAUAUCCUGUCACAAGUACAGUCCCCAGCACCCCCACAUCUUUACAGCCACUCGUCAAACUGGAGUCUGGAAACACGGGUGCUGUCAGUGGCUCACAUCCUCUUCAGAAAUACAUUGUGGUAUCUUUGCCUUCAUCCUCUUCCUCACUGGAGAACAAGGGCUCAGGUGUCCUCCCAUCCUCUACCUCACCUAUCAGCAUGGAGUCGGCUGUCAAGCUGGAAUGUUCGGAAUCACCGGCUGCAAACACACAAUCACCACAUUGAAACACACUUGCUUGCACCACCAAGAUACAGAAGAACAAUAAAUGUAGCUUGAGACUCGUAAUAGUGCUUACACGUCACUUUCAGACAAACUGACACGCAUGCUUAGAAUUAGCAAAGCAAGCAAAUAGCUAUGCACACUUUGAACAUAAGACUCACUCACAUAUAUUGACACUGUGUACAUAGAGUAUAUAUCCAGUAUAUGUCAAAACAUGAAUAAUCAAUCAUGUAUACACACAAAUACUGUACAGUAUAUAUAUAAAUAUAUAGCCAUUUGUGGUUGCAAGCACAGAGAAGCAGUAACAAUGACAGCCAUACACACAUAACAAGUAGAAAAAA